AUGGAGGGAGGUUGCAGUUUCCAGUAUUCCUCCAUGUUGAUCCACGGAUUCCCUGAGGAAGAGAUCCGGGAGACCCUGCUAGAGGAAGGGAUUACUCCACAACAGCCCAGCCUGCAUCUGGACAUGCAACAGGGAGUGCCGUCGGACUUUACUUUGAAGGCCGCAGUGUGUGCUGGCUGUGGAGAGGCCAUCUAUGACCGCUACGUGGUGUUUGCAGUGGACAAGCCCUGGCACAGUCGCUGCCUGAAGUGCUGUGUGUGCGGGCUCAUCCUCGGCUCCGAGCUCACCUGCUUCUCCAAGGAUGGAGCCAUCUACUGCAAGGAUGACUAUUACAGGCGGUUCUGCGUUAAGCAGUGCUCCCGAUGCCAACUGGGCAUCCUGGCAUCGGAGAUGGUAAUGCGCGCCAAGGAGGAGGUCUACCACCUCAGCUGCUUCACCUGUGCCAUGUGUGGGCGGGCCCUGGUAACUGGAGACCUUUUUGGCACCCGCCACGGCCUGGUCUACUGCCAGGAGCACUUUGAGCCUCCGGGCCGGGCAGAGGACGAGGCGCGACUGAUGGACAGCCUGGCAGAGCUGGCCCUGCGGGGUGACGAGGGGUUGUCCGUGGGCCCAGGCAAUGGCGAGUGGCCCACCAAGCUGAGUGGCAGCACCCGCAAGCGGAGAAGCAGCAGACUCCAGGGCGAAGGCGAUGAGUUCUAUUCAGCAUGCACCGAGGGGGAGCAGACCGCGGGGGAGCCCCGCUACCUCGGGCAGCAGAAGGCCAAGCGCAUCCGCACCUGCUUCAAGCAUCACCAACUCCGGACCAUGGAGUCCUACUUUGCCGUCAAGCACAACCCUGAUGGCAAAGACUGGGAGCAGCUCUCCAAGAAGACAGGUCUUCCCAAGCGAGUGUUGCAGGUUUGGUUUCAGAAUGCCAGAGCCAAGCUUCGGAAGAGCCUCUUGCAGGAGGAGAAUACUGACAGCGACACGGUGCCCGAGAACCAGGAGGCCACUCGCUCCCCCAGCAUGCAGCCAACCCCGGGACCACUGGGACCACCCAGCCCCCUCUUCUCCAUCCAGGGCAGCCCCCUUCCACCAAACCCCCAGCCCACCAUGACACCCAUCUUCCUGAACAUCGAUCCCACCAAGUCUGAUGAACCCCUCCAGACCAUUGAUCACAGCAGCCUGUGCUGA